UUAAAAUUUUUGCACGUGUUCCAAGUGGUUCAUGUUUAUACUGUAUAUUUUGGGGAAUUUAUACCAACGAUGAAACCUAAAUUUAUACACGUACUGAGGUUACAUUUCUGGACUAUGACAGUUUAAAGUUUAAGGAAAGAUGAAGUUUUCUUACAAGGUAAGACGAGUGUUUAUAUUGACCUUUAUUGGUAUCAAAUUAUUGGGCAUUUGAUUUAUUAAUAUUUAUCAAUUUAUGUAGACUGCAUUUUAUAGACAGGGUGAAUGUAUGGACAAGUAUGUGUAUAGACAAUGUAUGUUCAAGUUAAAUGGUUAUGCCGAAGACAGUCGACGGCAUAACCAUCAUCCAAUUCAAGUUGAAUGGUUAUGCCGAAAACAGUCCAAGGUAUAACCAUCCAAUUCAAGUUAAAUGGUUAUGCCGAAAACAGUCAACGGCAUAACCAUCCAAUUCAAGUUGAAUGGUUAUGCCGAAAACAGUCAACGGUAUAACCAUCCAAUUCAAGUUACAUGGUUAUGCCGAAGACUGUUGACAGCAUAACCAUCCAAUUCAAGUUACAUGGCUAUGCCGAAGACAGUCAACGGCAUUUAACCAUCCAAUUUAAGUUGAAUGGUUAUACCGAAGACAGUCAACGGCAUAACCAUCUGGGACAAUUCAUUAAGUUGAAUGGUUAAACCAUCCAAUUCAAGUUGAAUGGUUAUGCUGAAGACAGUCAACAGCAUAACCAUUCAAUUCAAGUUGAAUGGUUAUGCUGAAGACAGUUGAAUGGUUAUGCUGAUGACAUAGAUGGUUAUGCCGUUGACUAUCAUCGGCAUAGCCAUUCAACUUGGAUGGUAAUGCCUUUGAAUGCCAUUGCCAUUACCAUUCAAUAAGUUAAUCAUAACCAUGGUUCACUUUAAUCGAAAAGAGUAAGCGAGGGGCCUGUGGCAUAUGGCACUUCUGCCAUAUGGUUAAUCCAGCACUGUGAAUAACCAUGUUUAUGACAUUAGGCUAUGGCUGAAGCAAAAUGACAUGAAUUCCAGUGUGCUACUCCAUGUAAAUGCUGGAGAUACCCCAACAUUAGCCCUUGAUCUUGACAAUAAUUUUGGGAUUAAAACUAGCCUCAUCCCAGGUGCUUUGAUAUGCUAAGCGGUUGUGUGACGUGCGCACAGGAAUUGAGAAAGUGCUCUAACCAGGGGUACAGGGCUGGACUAAUUACCCAUGUCAAAACAGACAAUCCUGUGUGCUUUUGAGACUGUAAAGUAAUCUCACCUCGAUAUACACACGACUUUGAGUAAUUUCACACCAAUUUAUAAGCUAUGGUGUGGAGUGCAUGGAAUGCACCCUGGUGGAAAUUCAAGAUAAACAUGUUUGAAGAACUGAGAGUUGCUGCAUAAUGGUAUGCUCUGUUGUUUUGUAUUUUCUAAUUCUUUAUUUAAACAUUAACCCUGUAGCAUAAAAAUAGUGUAUUUACAAAGCAGAUAGCAUUUUGUGUCCUCCACACAGUACCAUGUGUCCACAAUAAGUUAAUACUUAUUGAGGAAAACUGACUCUCUCCCCCUCCCAAUGUUCCCAAAGAUCACAUGCCCAACCUUGGGGAUGACUUGCCCUCGAUCCCCUCGGCAUCAGGUCCAACAUUUAUAGAUGCGUAAAUCAAAAUUGUUUCAUUCAAUUCUGCUAUUUCUAGUUCUCUAAUCUGACUGGAACGGUUUACAAACAAGGAAAUAUUAUUUUUUCAUCUCAUGGUGAUCGUGUUAUAAGUCCUGUGGGUAACCGAGUUACAGUGUUUGAUCUGAAGAGGUAUGAUUCUGUGCUGUCAACAAAUAGAUUUCAGUUAUGGACUUAUUCUGCAAUGUUGGUCAUGGGAAGCAUGUGUCUGCAGUUUGUACUGUACAUAACUGCAGGCCUGGGAUGAUUUUCCCAUACAAAAACAAUGAGGGUAGAGGAUAUGAAUGCUCAAUUGCAGUACCGUAUGACUGCACAAUUACAGGGGAAACCAUAUAUGUUGGUCAAUGCAUUACUCAUUAUGACAAGCACAAGACAACAUGUCAUCGAUAUAGUAGCUACCUUACUUGUACAAUAGUGAUAAUUCAGAUUUAGUCCAACCCAUCAAGCAUUGGCUCAUUUUAUUAGCCUCUUUCUCACUUUACUUCUAAUGGUCCCUUGGUUAGCCUUGCUUACCCGGCUGUUGUAAAACAAGUGGGUCUAGUUUUGUCUAAUUCACAUGUGCACAACAUCCAAAUUUCAUAAUAACAGAAAGUAGCCUGACGUGGAUGAAACAUUUUUUUCGUCCCUAGUAACAAAUCGUUGACUUUGCCAUUCGAAAAUGGAAAGGAUAUUACUUGCAUAGCUGUGUCUCCUGAUGACAGUCUUAUUGUGACAAUUGAUGAAGGUACAAUAUGUAAUAUAUAGUACCUAGUAUUCUAGUAAUGAAUACAGAAUAUAAUUCAAGUAUAUAAUUGGUGGGUUUCACUAACCAUCACAGGACAUCAGAUGGUCAUGCCUGCCAAAAGGGGACAGGGGAUAGAAGGACAUAUGUAUGGUAUGGAGGGAAUGGGAUCAGUUUGAUGUAUUGAUUGAAAUGAAUCACUAGCCUUAUACGAAAGUUCAAAUGCCAGUUAAAAUUUAAAAGAAUGUUGUUGAGAAGAUCUUGUAGUCCAAGAAGAUUAUUAUUGCUGCUCGAACAACCUUUCGUUUUCAUUAUACUAAAAUCUAUCACGAGAAAAAAUAAAAAUAAUUGUUGUACACUGUAACUUACUUCAAUAAAUCAAAAUCAUCCCACUUCACGUCUCGUCCCGGCAAAGCAGAAGCAAAACAGCCCGUUAAUCAUGGUCAACUUGAUUGUAGCUCGAUCAAACUUUGUUGCUGACCGGUUAUUUUUGAAAUAAUUAGUAAAAUACAGCGUAUGUAUUAUGAAUUUAUGUAAGUAUAGUAUGCGUAUUGAGUUAUAUCUCGCUCAUUAAUAGUGAUCCUUUUCAGUCUUCGCUGUAUUUUACUCAUUUCAAAAAUAAUACACUUACUGUACAGUCAUGCAAACAGAUAACAAGAAAUUUGUUUCGAGACAUUUCAUGAUCCGUGUUUCAAGAUAGACCAGACGUUAGUAACAAAUACGUUGUAAACUAGAGUGAAGAUUGUCAUCGUUAUCCACUAGCGCAUGGUCAGGAGAACAUAUGUACCACAUGUAAACUAAAAUUUUACGAAAUGUACACUCCUCUCAUCCUUCAUCAUCACCAUUUCACUGCAAAGAGCAAAUAUUUAUGUUUUAAGGUUACAGUGAAAUUGCGUACUCGUGUAAUAUAUGCAGUCUUUCUCUGACAACAGAGAUGGCGAAGAAAAACCGAUUUCAAAUUGUAUCGGAAGGCACACAAAUGUGACUGGUCAAAAUCAGGACUGGUGAAGCAAAAAAGUUACCGGUCAAGGGACAUUUUUGGCCGGUCAUUGUCUGUCCAUUGUUUUUAGCUGUAUAUAGCAUAUGGCAGUAUUUCUUCACCUCCAUGAGUACAUACUGUACACCAAAAGCAGUUUAAUUUAUGUCAAGAAAUGUCAGAUUGGUAAUUUUACAAGAUAUUUGUGGAACUACAAUAUAUGGUUAUUUUGUGUUUUAGAUGGGAAGAGUAUUUUGUCAAGUUUACGAAGCUUGGCUGUCCUACAUCAUUUCAGUUUUAAAACAAAAGUUCAUGAUUUGAAGUUUAGUCCUGAUGGAAGGUAAUCACUCCACCCUCACACUAGCUAGACUGCCAUAUAGAAAUAUACGUUUGUCUUGUGAUUAUAUACUGUAAUGUAUGUGCACACAUGUUCAGCCACAUAUACUGUAUGUUUUAGAUUUUCUUGUUCUGGCUUUCGCCGCUUUUUAUUGCACCACUGCAAAAAAUCCCCGAGUGAUUUCGACUCAAAAAGUUUGUAGAAUAAUGCACCUACACAGUGACUCAAAAUUUUGAGUAAAAUUACUUUUUGCCAUAAAUUGAGCUAGUACACAGUACAGACACAGCACUCUUAAAAGCAUUAAUAAGCUUUUAAAACGCCUUAAGCAAGCGACGUUUUCGUCAACACGAAUGUCACCUGAAAAUUGGUAGGACUAAUUUUGGUGGCAUUUUGCAUCAUAGUGCUCGUGUAAGCAAGCAAAAAACUUUAAUCUUUUGUCACAUAUGUUGAAGAUUACCACAAACUGAUACAAACACAGUUUUUAAUCCAGUCCCCCCUCGGCAAGCUGACGUCCAUGUUGACAAAACUCGCUAUUAUGAACCGAGGGCGUGUAUUGUUCUGUAUAUAUCAUGGUCACUUGAAACGGCAAGCAAAUCUCUUUCUGUCUCGCUUCAAACCCCAGAACGUUGCGGUCCGCACUUAUUUAACAGUAGCUAAUUUUUCAACUUGCCCCAAACGCUUGUGACUUGUGAGCCAUUCUUUGUGUUCUUACCACGCUCUGACGUCAUACUGUAUAACUGAACGGCAAAAUGUUAUAUUUGGAAACCAGGUUCUUCGCAGCAACAGUUGGAAUGCAGAUGCAAGUGUGGUUUGCACCAGGUCACACUAAAGAUUUUUCUCCUUUUACACUUCACCGAACAUACACGGGACAAUAUGAUGAUACUGUGUCUAUUGACUGGUCAUGUGAUUCCAGGUACGUCAUUGACUGCGUGCAUAAUAUGACUGCUUGGAGCGAAACUAAUCAGUCAUUUUGAGUGAUAAAAACGUGGCAAGUUCUUUGGACUGUAGAAAACUAUGAUAAACGUGAACAAUGACAAGUUGACGUAAACAAAUGAUAUGAAUCAGCGCUCAAAACUACAUGGAAACACUUUGCUUUCUGUUGCUUUUUUAUUUUUAUAUUUUGAUUAUAAGUACGAAGGCAAUGGACCAGUGUUUACGUCACGUAACUUUCAUACAAUGAAUUUUCCUCCUCUGUAUUAAACAUUGCGUGACGUAAGCAUUUCUAAGGUCUAUCGAAGACUGAAAUUGGAAGCGAUAAAAAGGAUUUAUUAUUAUUUUAUUAUUUAAAAAUAUUUAACAACGGUAGCCCUAUCAUGUUAUAGUUAAAAACUGUUUUCCAAGGGGCCGUUCACACAAGGGGCCGUUCACACGUAUAUACAUACAUACAUACACAUACAUACAUAUAUAUAUAUAUAUAUAUAUAUAUAUAUAUAUAUAUAUAUAUAUAUAUAUAUAUAUAUAUAUAUAUAUAUAUAUAUAUAUAUAUAUAUAUAUAUAUAUAUAUAUAUAUACAUACAUACAAAAGAAACUUAAACUACAAACUACUACUAAUUACUAUAAUAACUAUAUUUACAAGAAUAUUUUAAUAAUUUCAAAAUAUCAUAUGGAAACUAAUCUGCGCCCCCAACAAUAGCUCUAAACCUCUUUAUGCCCAUUGACUUACUCUUAAGAUCAUUUGUGAGAUCAUUCCAACAUUUUGCACCAGAGUAACUAAUGCUUUUUUUCAAGAAAUUUGUAUUUGGCUUAUCUAACGUAAAGUUGUUUAAAUUGCUUCUUAAAGAGUAAUUUUGAUUAUCACAAAUAUUAAACAAAUUUCCUAUUGAAUCAGGUGCGAUCCAAUUUUUGACCUUGUACAUUAAUAAUGCUUUUUUGCUACGUCUGCGCUCUUCCAACGUUUCCCAGUUGAGUUGGCGCAGUAACUCCUUUGAAGGAGCAUCGUAACUGCUCCCUGUUAAAAUUCUAGCCGCUCUAUUUUGCAUUUUUUGUAGUUUCUGUAUGUUAUAGUUAGCUGCAUUAUCCCAUAUCAUGCUACAGUAAUCGAAAUAUGGGAGUAUUAAGCUGUUGUAUAUAGUUUGCAAGACAGAUUGGGUUACAAGCGAUUUGAUCCUUCUCAUUAUUCCUAAACCUUUCGAAACUUUAGCAUUGAUUUCAUUUAUAUGGUCUUUCCACAUUAAUUUGUCAUCGAUUAUAACUCCAAGUGUUUUGCAUUUAUUAAUUUUCUUUACAGGUUCAUUACCUAUGCUUAUUAUUGGUUCUUCUUGAAUGUUUAUUAUUUUUUGUCUUGAACCAAUAAUCAUGUACUCUGUUUUAUUGUGACUAAGAGUUAAUUUAUUUGCGAGAAGCCAGUGGUGUACUUUUUCUAAAUUGUUAUUCAAAUUACUUUGGAGUUGUUGUACUGUCUGACCGGUUGCUGUUAUAUUUGUAUCAUCGGCAAACAUGCUUGCACUAGCACUGUCUAGACAAUUAGGUAAGUCGUUGACAUAGAUAAUAAAUAGCAGGGGUCCUAAAUUGGAGCCUUGCGGCACACCAGUUUUAAUUGGUUUCAUUUCUGAAAAUAUGUUGUUAGCUUUGCAGUUUGCUUUCUAUUGGAGAGAUACGACUUAAACCAAUUUAAUGUUAUACCACGAAUUCCAUACAUUGCUAAUUUGUUUAGUAAGAUUUGAUGAUCUACACAAUCAAAUGCCUUUUUUAAAUCCAGAAAUAAAACGCCGUUCAGAAGUCCAUUGUCCGUAUUGGCAACACCAAUACUUCGCAUUUUAUAUGCAACUGCAGUUUGCGAACUAUGCUUAUACCCAAUUGUCUGUCAUGUAAAUAAGCCAUACCCUCGGACGAUUGCAUUGAUUCUGCUGUCUAUUGUCAGCUGCUCACUUGCUUAUUUUACUUUAUUUUAUAGGUUUUUAGUGGUUGGAUCGAGGGAUAUGACAGCUCGUGUUUUCUCUAUUGAUCCAGUCGUUGGCUUUGUCCCUGUGACAUUAACUGGACAUAGAAAUGCCAUUGUGAAUUGUUUCUUUGACGUAAAUUCUCUUAAA